GUGCAGUAUGGCUCCAGUUCCCUGGCUAUGUUGAUGGACCCUUGGGAUAAAUUUGGAAAUUCUAACCCAGUUCAAGAAUCAACCUCUCCCAGAAACUCUGAGAACAAUUUGGGAAGAAAACCUUACCUUUUGGGAGUAGACUCUUUUGCUCCAAAACUCUGGAGCACUGAAGGCAUGGGAGAUUCCUAUGCAGCCACUUUCCCAAAUGGGAAUGGAUUGAUGUCACCUUCAGCAAGCCCUCAAGCUUCCACCACUUACAGCAAUGAUUACAGUCCUUUCCCCCAUUCCUUCUCAGCCUCACCCACAACUCAAGAUCCUUCUUCGUUGCUGGUGCCUAAGGGGCAUCUAUCCCCUGAUUGUCUCCCCAGUGUCUAUACCUCCUUGGACAUGGCACACCCUUAUGGCUCCUGGUACAAAGCUGGCAUCCACCCAGGCAUCUCUACCAGCUCUAGCAACCCUACGGCUUCUUGGUGGGAUAUGCAUUCCAACAGCAACUGGUUGAGUUCUCAGCCACAAUCAGAUGGACUCCAGGGUUCCUUACAGUCCAUGCCGAGUCAGGCACCCAUCAGCCCCCAGCUACCCAGUUACACUUCUGAGUUCACAACUUUGAAUCCUGCUCCUUACCCUGCAGUGGGCAUUACUUCUUCAUCACACCUUCUCCCUUCAGGACAACAUGUGCUACCCCAAGAAAUGUACAAACCCAAGCCAGUGGCCAACAACUCCCUGAUGGAAGGUGGGAUUGCCUUGAAGCCUGGAAGAGGGGGCUCCUUUGGUAGCACAACCGGCAGGUCUACUUGUGACUGCCCUAAUUGCCAAGAACUAGAACGGCUUGGGGCCUCGGCAGCCAGCCUGCGGAAGAAGCCUAUCCACAGCUGCCAUAUCCCAGGCUGCGGGAAGGUCUACGGGAAAGCCUCGCAUCUGAAAGCCCACCUGCGAUGGCAUACUGGGGAACGUCCUUUUGUAUGCAACUGGCUCUUCUGCGGCAAGCGUUUUACGCGCUCAGAUGAGCUGGAGCGCCAUGUUCGCACCCAUACCCGGGAGAAGAAAUUUACCUGUUUACUCUGUAACAAGCGCUUCACUCGUAGCGACCACCUCAGCAAGCAUCAGAAGACCCAUAAUGAAAUGGGAGUGGGCAAACCGCCAGAAGGUGAAGUGGAGCGAGAAGAGGUUGCUACAGUGGCUAGUUCGCCCAGCACUGCAGCCCUUCAAGAUGGCCUGGCUGGAGAGGAAAAAGAUGCCACCAGCCCUGAGCAAAGCAGUCUCCUGGAAAUCUAAUGGGUACUGCGUGUGCUCCAGCUUGCUUACUUCGUACCAUCUCCACCAUUCUUCUUUGAGUGCUUCCCGCUAAAUAAUUUAUUUGUGGAUGAAACACAACCGCUGUUGCCGUUAGCCGUUCCUCUAGCUAAGAUUGUACCUUAUGUAAAGCUUCCCUAACCCCAAUCCAGAAGCCGAAUUCAGCUGGGACCUCAGAAGGUCUAUGACUUUGUGGCUAAAGACUCGGAGGCAAAAUCUGAAGCUGCAUCCUCUAUUGUUCCUUAAGCUGUUAAAACCAAAAUAGCUUCCCUGCGGAGGUCUCUAUGUGAUCACUUGGAUAAUGGCCAAAACGUUGAACUCGUAAUAUCAUGCAUAGGACUAGCCAAGUAGCAGGCUGGGCUGGACUGAAAUAAAUUGUUCUCAGGGUAUGUAUAGGAAUCACUUUCCAUCUUAUGUAAACCCAACUGAGCAUAUGAUUCUGAGCAACUCUCUUAACUUCUAGCACCCGUAGGUGAUGGGAAAACACAAGGACCUUCUUUGCAAUUAGAACACUGUAUCUGCACCAUUGAGCGUGCCCUUGUUCCCAGACACUAGUGCAACCUCUUACUCAGAAGAUAAUAGUCAAAUAGUCAUCUCGCAGUGAGAUGAGCAACAAACAAAUUUGAUAAGUACAUAAAUUAAUAAGUUGGUUAGCUUCAGAUGCUGAAAGAGUGCUUAUUAUAGCUUUAAGAGCUGCAAGGGGAAAAAUAGAGCAAGUAAUGGCUCUUCAGGUGACUGAUAGCGUUGAUGAGAAGCCACAGCUGGUAAAACUGUGCCUAUUUGUCAAGCUCUUUAAGAUUUGUAAGCCCUGGCAGGAUCCAGAUAUGGAAUUUUUAUUACUAAGCCUCCACCCUUUCUUUAAAUAAACUUGGAAGCUACUGGUUAGAAAUUAUUGCUUCAGUAAAUAUAAAGGGAACUUUUGCUAUUAAAAUCCCAUCCUAUUUAAAAUUAAAAGUCUUGGUUCUGGGCAAUAGGAGGCCUUAGGUAAUAAUUACGGAAGGACAAAUUAGCAGCCAAUUAUACAGCCAUCACUCUUUCAUCAGUAUAAACCGAGAUUCUAUUCUCCCUUGAGUUCUGUCCAUGUUUUUUUGUUUUUUUAUGAAGAUCAGCAAGGAUUGUGCAAUUUAUUGGAUCAUGCAGUGAUCACCAAAGAAGAUUUUGGCAUUUCACAGGUAGAAUUUCUGCCUGUUCCCCUGGUUUUGUAUGAAUGUCACACAUGAUGGCAAGAGCUAAUUUGGGCCUUAUUUUAAAUAUUAGGGACAUGACCUUAUACAGUACAAAUGGACUGUUCCACGGAAGUGCAGAAAUAGAGAAAUUUAAGUGUUCUUUACCAAGGUAAAGGAAGUUGAAGAGGAAAACCAAUAAUUUCAUAGGAGAAAUAAGAAGAAUAGCUCACAAGAUGUCCCAUAUAGGUGCUACAAAGCUGUUUUGAACCUUUCUCUUCCCGUAUAUUUAAUCUAAAAAUAUAUUUAUCCUUAAAUUAUGAUGAAAAAUAAAUAGAGGUGAGGAGGU